CUCUGGCGGAGGCAGUAUCCACCACGACGCCGAGAGGAAAAGACGUAUCGCUAGUCCACUUGUGCCUUUUUUCCUAUUUUUACUGCGUAGUGGAAGGAGUGCUCUCACCUUGCCUCACCCCCCAGCCCACAACCCCCACCAUGGGCUCCACCAACAAGAUGUUUUACCUCGGCGAAGGACCCGAGAACGGCUCAGCGUCACCGGAACAAGGAGUCACGACCGCCCCCUUCGUCGAACCCCCACCCAGCUAUGCGCAGUCACAAGCCGGCUAUUCAUCAUCACAAGCGGCCCCGAAAUAUCCACAAACACUCCCCGGCCACGUACAGCCACUGACGCCACCGCAAGCACCUCUCCAGACGGUAUCAGGACAAGUACAAGCGCCUAUGAGUCACAACGUGUACAGAGCGACGGCGCCCGCGACACCCUCUACCUCAGGUUUGGCAGGUGCGAAUUACCCCCGCCAGCCUCCAGUCCCAUCAUUGGUUGGCAGUGCAAGCUAUCCUGGUCAAUUUACUAGCAUACAGAACGGCACCCCUGGCUCAUCUGGGCCUCCUCCCCCUCCUCCCGGACUACCUGCAGAAACCAACACGAAGAAGAAAUCGACUUGUAUGAAAGUGUCUGGGGGCGUGGGUAUUGCCGUGUUAGUCAUCUGGAUAAUAUUCCGAUUUUGCUUUCGCGUGGCACUCGAGGCGAGUACGUAAAUGGAUGGUUAGUGUUGUUGUUACGAUUAGUGUUGGAUCAAAGAAAAGGUGUGUUGGAAUGCCAGGAUUGCGCAUUUUGGUAAUGGUUCUUGUGACUUACUAGUAUGCUAUUGCGUGGCUAGGCCUUCGGGUGUGUGCUAGUAGUACUUGGGGAAUGUAAGCAACUGAAAAGUGGCAGUGUAUGGAGUGUACAUAGAAGUUAGUAAGUGUGAUUUGCCAGUACUUCAACAACUUACUAGUAUUUGAGAAAGCCAUUAAUUGAAAAAAUGGAAGCCAGUAAUAAAAAAAAAAAAUGGUUAUAAGAUGCUGUUGAGGAAGCCAGUA